GUCGAGGCUGAUUGUUAACGGCAAAUAUUUGAAUUUUGAAUUUGCGACCACAUCGAGGCUUCCUCUUAUGCACAAUUUUUUCUAGCAGUUGUAUCCACCAUGGAGGCAAGCAAAGACGACAAUGACAACGAAGUCUCUAUCCGUGAGAUGCUCCGAAGCUUCCUGACUGAUGACGCUUUGAAUGAUGUGACGCUCAAGGGAAUUGAUGGAGUAGAAGUGCCAGCAAACCGAUUUCUCCUGGCUGCCAGAAGCAAAGUCUUUAGAGGAAUGCUCUUGGGCAAAUUUCAGGAGGCUUCCUCUCCUGUUGUAGAGCUUGGGUUCAAGGGGAUUGUUUUAAAAUCUGUUGUUGAGUACAUUCUCACAGAUUCCGUGCAAUCACUAAACUGCAAGAAACGCAAGAGCCAAGAUGGGUCGUCAUUUGAUUUUCAGAUGAUACAGUCCCUGGUUGCCGUGGCAGAGGCCGCUUCCUAUUUUCAGCUUCCCGGGCUGGGAAGAUCUACCAUGAAGGCAUGUCGACAAAUUUUGGUGUUCUCCCCAUGCUCAUCCUUUGCUGUACUUCAGGCAUGCAAAAUGGCUGGCCCCGUCAUUCCGGCAAGCAUGGCAGAGCAAGCCAUGAAGAAGAUUUGCUCUGUUCCAGCUCAAUCAAUCUCCAAAGAGCAUGUUCGCUGUUUGAGUGCUGAUGUUUUGGAGGAAAUCCUCCAAAAUCCCAAGACGGAAAUGACUGAAUACCACCUCUUCCAGAUCCUCCAAGUUUGGGCAGAAGGCAAUGGGGAUGACAACAACAACAACCAAACGAAAGCAAAAGCCUUGUCCAAACACAUCUGUUUGCAAAAGAUAAAUCCAGAAACUUUAUCAACAACAAUUGCAGCCUCUGGUUUGGUCACGUCUGAGCAGCUGUUGGAAGCAUACAAAAGCAGGCCCUAGAAGCAAACAAGGCGCGGCCCUGUGCCACCCUAGACCAGCUUCGAUACGAAGGAUGGGUAACAGAGCUGCCUCCAAAUUGUGGCGCACCCAUGGAAAUCAAAGUAGAAGGUGCUGGUUCUAGAGCUGUCAAUGGGGUUUAUGUCCGAGAUGGGUCCUAUAAGGGCCACUGUAAGUACACAAAGGAAGGCAUGUAUCAAAGGGAAUCCUGUGUAUUCUGGCUGCUGCUGUUUGAAGGCAAUUGGUGGAUCUCCAUCCCACAUGGCAGAGAAAUAGGAUCUGGUUGUGAUAUAGACUUUUACGUGGCUGACAACGAAGACGAUGAGAACGUUCCGCCAACCAGCAAGUCACGGUGGCUCGACGUGGCGAAAGGAAUUGCACCAGCGCCAAAUUUGAUGUAUAAAGUUUAGCAGUACAAGUCUGCUCAUGGGCUACAAUGUACUAGUAAUCGAAGUUGUUAGCCAUUCUACUUUGUUUCUGCCUUACAUGCAUGGGAUUAGUCCUCCUUUCAUAGCUCUUCCCCGAAUGUACCCCUUGCUUGCUGAAGAAAAUUGAUUGC